AAUUACCGAUAAAGGCUGGCUCUCUUCAUAUUUUUUGGUUUGUAUUUUUUUAAUGUAUAGUUCAUUCGUUUUAAUGAAAGUUUAAAUUCAUGUUUACCUUUUUUAUGUACACACUCUUCGGUCUUGUACACAGUUUGAUUAUAAAUAAAGUUAAAAAGAAAAUAAACAGGUCGUGACCAUAAAUGGACUCGUUCUGCAAUCGUGGAGCGGUUACAUUACUGGAAGUAUCUUGACCGUGUAACCAAGCUUGUCUGGUUGUGUUUGUCCCAUCGCCUGCUUAGCCUAUGUUUCAGCCAGUCACCGGUAGUCCUUCACUUGGUGAUCUUCGCCACUACUGUUUUUACGUCGCGAUCCUGCUCCUACUGCCAACUGGCCUUGUUGUAAAGCUCUGCUGAGGAAGGUGUUUUGAUUCUAGUGGUGGUUGGAGUGUCUCUCAUCAGCAGCCAUGUCGGGUUUCAAUCUGCUCCAUCUAAUAAGCAAGAGUCAGCCAGUGACUCUGAGGUCCUGCAGUCUUCCCUCAGGAGCUGCUCGAACCAAGAAGACAUGGCCGGUGACUUUCUCUCAAGAGGAGAUAAAGAAACGUCUAACGCCCAUGCAGUAUCAUGUAACCCAAGAACGAGGAACCGAGAGUGCCUUCACAGGAGAGUUCACGUACCACAAGGAAGAGGGAACCUAUACGUGUGUCGUCUGUGGUGCGCCGUUAUUCAGCUCAAAAUCCAAAUUUGACUCAGGCUCAGGUUGGCCUUCCUUCUUUGACCUCGUGAAACAGGAUUCCAUUGACGUGUCAGAUGAUUUCUCCUAUGGGAUGCACAGAGUGGAGACCACCUGUGGGCAGUGCGGAGCCCAUCUUGGACACCUGUUCGACGAUGGUCCAAAACCCACCGGGAAACGUUAUUGCAUCAACUCGGCCUCGUUGUCUUUCCGGCCUAAAGAUUCGGAGGGGGCCUCUGGCACAACCUCCACUGGCGCCGCCGCAGUCUCAUCCAUAGAUGAGGGAAGGACAGAACUAUAAAAAAAGAAAUAAAAACAUAUAUAGUGUGUGUUUGACUUCUAUGCAUACGAGUGUAAUAGUUUAAUCAAUUUACAUGCACAAAAUAUUUUCACAUUUAAAUACUGACCAAACAAUAACACUCGUGUUCAUUAAUGUGCAAAAUUUACUCACAGAUGGUUGAAGUCCCUUUUUCACAAACACACUUGCUUAUUUUUGAUAUAGAAGACUACAUUUUGAGUGUACGUUUGAUGAUAAUUCAUGCUUCUAAGGGUGUAAUUAAGGUUCUCAGGCAGAGAAGGACGUGCACACUUUGUAUUUCUAAUGAAUCGUAUUGAAUUUUCUUUGAAGCUUGAAAUGAUGAAUAAAGCAGCUGAAAAUUAAAUGA